AUGCCACGACGAAAAGCCAAUGAAAAUGGUACGGCAAGCACAGCUGUCGGUACAGCAAGACCACGUGCUAGACGUUCGAAGAAAGAUAUCGGUGGUUUGGAACCGAAACUGGAAAUGGUUCAGGGGAUGUACGACAGUGGUCAAGCACCGUCAGCAAUGCAAACUGUACCAAUGAUGCAUAAUCAUAACGGGAUGAUCCCAAUACACGAUGAUGGUGGACCAAUGUCAAGUCAUCAUGUGUACACACCACCAACUGGCUCGAUGGGCGCGCCACCGCCACCUCCACCACCGCCAGAAUAUUAUCAGGCGGUACCGCCAGGUUAUCAGCCAUCACCACUCGGUCCACCUCCUGGUUCGGCACAACAGGCACCACCACCACCACAUCAGUUUAUUGAACCCGAACCACCGCAAAGUCCUUUUGUUGGGCAGCCGUCUCAUCUACAACAACAUAAUCAUAUGAUCAUGAGGUACAGACAUGUGGCCCCUAUGGGUAUGCCGAACCAUCAGCAAGGUCCUCCCCCCUCGCAAUUAGAAUUCAGGUUGCAUGAAAUGAAUCGAAGGUUAUUCAUCUUCAGUAACAGCGGAAUUCAGGAAAAGGACCAUGCGCAGUGGUGGGAUGCAUUUGCACAUGAAUUUUUUGAUGACGAUGCCAAAAUGAGCUUUUUAUUAUUUGAUGACCAAGCACCUGGACAUCAUCAUCGAUAUACCAUUGGCCGGUUAUUGAUACCGAGGUAUUUCCGGUCAAUAUUUGAAAGUGGAGUGAAAGAGAUGUUUUAUGUAAUCCGAACACCUUCUCGCGAGCAGGCAGGUGGACCGUGGACAAUUGUGCUUGACUGCGAUAAUGUACUUCUUGUGUCAAAACAUGAAAAACCUGUCCUGUCCGAAGUUCAUACCGACUGUAAAUUGAUGUGCGAAUUCGCGUUUGAUGACACAUAUGGCUACAGGAUCCGACAAUGGAACAUCGAAUUAAGGCAUUGUCAAGAAUUUGUUCUGAGAGAUGUAAACAUGCUGCAAGAUAGCGAAACGCAAGAGAAAUUGAAAAUGAACAUAACACGGACAGGCAUGACCCAAAUUACGCUAAAUUAUUUGAAGUUAUGUGUCAUCCUGGAACCAAUGCAAGUACUUAUGAGUCAAAGUAAAUCGCACAACAUUCCACCGAGAGAGUCUUUGAAGCAAACCUUGUUCCAAGCUCAUGCAAAGAUGCAGCAGUAUCAGCAGCAUCAACAGCAGCAACAAAUGGCAAUGAACGCAAUUGGUGGCAUGAAUCCGUCUCAUGUAUUACCACCGACACCGGUGGAGGAACCAACUUCCAAGAAACCUCGGAAACGAACAAGGAAGACUGCGACUGGUGCGAGUACAGCAUCGAAUGCUAAAAAGAAAAUAACUCGCCUCCAUCGACAAAUGCUACUAAUUUUUCAAUAA